UGUGUCUGAGAUCAGCUGCUGUUCAGAAGACUUCAUCUAGUGAAGCACACUCUGCACGCACGAACUCAAAAUGUCCUACAUCUCUGAACUCCAAGUGUCUCUCAACAAAACUGAGGAAUAUGACCUUCAUGGACAAGGGUUUACAAAAAUCUUUGUUAAUCUGAACAAAGGAGCUGAGGGAAACACUGUGUAUCUUUGGUACAAAAAAGGCAACACUGCAAUCACCAGGAUUCAGAUUUCUUUCAACAAUGAGAUGACCAAGGGUCUGAUGGAUGCAGGGUUCCACAAGAUCAACAAAAACCUCAAUGAAGGAACAAGUGGAGACCAGCUCUACCUGUGGUACUACAAAGGAUCCUUAAAGUAUGACGUUCCCAUCACAGACCUUUUUGUCUCUACACAGGGAGCAGAUGAACCCAAAAUCUAUAAACAGGGCUGGGAGAGACUGGCCUGUGAUCUGAACCGGAGAGCUGGUGGAAACUGGAUCCACCUGUGGUUGAAGAGAGAGAAACCAACCUACAUCCAAGAAAUCAAGGCCACAAAUGAAUAUGCUGGAGAUGAUGAUAACUUCAAUGAGGGCUACAUCCGGGUGGAUGAAGACACCAACCGAGGAGCAGGAGGGCCUUCUGUCUUCAUCUGGUAUCGUCAGACCACUGAUCCAAAAGAGGCCAUCACUAAGAUGGCAAUCUCUACCAAUGAUGAUGAAUCCAAGAACUUGCAAAGUCAAGGCUAUCAAAUAGUUAACCGUGAUCUGAAUGAGGGGACCAAAGGAAAGGAGGUAUACCUGUGGUACAAAAACGACACCAGCAGCCCCAACACCAAGGCCAUCACUCUGCUCAUUAACGCAUCAGCUAAGCAGGUGUAUGAGAAAGACGGGAUCAAAGUCAUCAAUAAAAACCUUAACAGUGGAAACCACGGCGUUCCCAUGUACCUGUCUUAUUACCAGUGAGAAUCGUCAUGGUAACAGGGCUGAGCAUGCUCACUGAGCAGAAACCAGAGUCAAAGAUGUUCCUUUUUAAUCAGUUUAGUUUUUCUUUCCUUUCUGAAAUGAUGUUCAAUCACUGUGGUCUCAGAGGUUUGACUCCACCAACCAUCUCUGAUCCUACAAUCAAUCCAUCAGUCUGUUUGAUUUUAUAAAUGUUUGUUCUGAUGAUUGU